CCGACCACGCCCCGAGGCGGUGCAAGGCAUGAUUUCAUCACCGUGCGCCUUCCGCCUGUGGAGUGUUCAAGCUCCGAGCGCCGGCAGACCUAGGUCGGGAAACCGAGAGCUCGCUGGUACCGUUUCCUGCCCUAAUGUUUCCUAGCGUCUCCUCUCCGCGAACCCCGGGGCCUGGGGCCCGAAGGGGCCCGCUGGGCGCAGUUGGGCCAGGCUCCACGCCCCGGGCCGCAAGCAGGAAAGGUCUAUCCCUGGGGUCAGCAAUCAACUCCCCGGUGCUCUUCUCGCCGGUCGGGCGGCGGAGCUCGCUGAGCUCGCGAGGAACACCUACACGAAUAUUUCCAUAUCAUUCCAUAACUGAUUCUACAAACUAUGAUGUAAAAUCAUUUGGAUCAUCUCUUCCUGUUAAAAUCAUGGAAGCGCUAACAUUGUCUGAAGUUGAUGAUCAACUGACUGUGCACAUAGAUGAGGGUGGAUGGGCUUGUCUGGUCUGCAAAGAAAAACUCAUCAUUUGGAAGAUUGCUCUGUCACCCAUUACUAAGUUAUCUGUUUGUAAAGAACUUCAGCUGCCACCUAGUGAUUUCCACUGCAGUGCUGACUUGGUGGCUCUCUCUUAUUCUGCUGCUGCAGGUGAAGCACAUUCUACACAGGGUGUUGCUGUUAUGGUUGCCACCAGAGAAGGAUCCAUCCGCUAUUGGCCAAGCCUUGCUGGUGAAGAGAACUACACACAAACUUUUGUAGACUUGGGAGGUGAUAAGACUUACAGUUUCCUAACAGCAGUGCAGGGGGGAAGUUUUAUUUUGUCCUCAUCAGGAAGCCAACUGAUUCGACUGACUCCCGAAAACUUAGGAAAGAUUCAUCAGCAUAUCCUGCCUCAAGGGCAAGGCAUGCUUUCAGGAAUUGGUCGGAGGGUUUCUUCUCUUUUGGGAAUUUUAUCUCCUAGUAGUGAUCUCAUACUUUCAAGUGUCCUUUGGGAUAGAGAGAGAUCAAGCUUUUACAGCCUGACAAAUUCAAACAUCAAUAAAUGGGAAUUAGAUGAUUCUUCAGAAAAACAAGCACAUAGUUGGGAUAUAAACCGAGCCCUGAAGGAAAAUAUCACUGAUGCUAUUUGGGGCUCUGAAAGUAACUAUGACACUAUCAAAGAAGGGGUCAACAUUCGCUAUUUGGACUUGAAGCAAAACUGUGAUGGGCUCCUGAUUUUGGCAGCAGCAUGGCACCCAGCAGACAGUCCAUGUCUCACCUAUUAUUCUCUGAUAACAGUAGAAGAUAAUGGCCACCAAAUGUCAGAUGCCGUAACUGUAGAAGUCACUCAGUACAAUCCACCUUUUCAGUCUGAAGAAUUGAUUAUGUGUCGGUUGAUGGUGCCCAAUUUUUCAAACCAGACUGCCUAUCUGUAUACUGAAAAUGCUGUCUAUGUGUGCUCCACAGGAACUGGAAAAUUUUCUCUUCCUCAGGAGAAAAUUGUCUUUAAUACACAAGGAGAUAGUAUUUUAGGAGCUGGUUCCUGUGGUGGUGUUCCUAUUCUUUUUUCUAGAAACAGUGGAUUGGUAUCUGUUACUUCAAGGGAAAAUGUGUCCAUAUUAGCAGAAGACCUUGAAGAUUCACUUGCAUCUUCAGUUGCUGGACCAGGCAAUGAGAGUAUGGUUUUUGAGACUUCUACAAAGAAUGAAAUGAUAGCCCAGGAAGAUAAAACCAAAUUGCUAAAAGCUGCUUUUCUGCAAUAUUGCAGAAAAGACUUAGGUCAUGCUCAAAUGAUGGUUGAUGAGCUCUUUUCCUCUCACUCUGAUUUGGAUUCCGAUUGUGAAUUAGAUAAAGCUAUAACCCAAAUCAGUGUGGACCUGGUGGAUGACUACCCAGCUUCUGAUCCACGAUGGGCUGAGUCUGUCCCUGAAGAAGCACCUGGGUUCAGCAACACAUCACUGAUCAUUCUUCACCAACUAGAAGACAAGAUGAAAGCCCAUUCUUUUCUUAUGGACUUUAUUCACCAAGUUGGCAUCUUUGGACGGCUAGGCACUUUUUCAGUAAGAGGAAUGCCGAUGGCAACUCGGCUCUUGCUCUGUGAGCAUGCCGAAAAGUUGUCGGCCACCAUUGUUCUCAAGAACCACCACUCGCAACUUUCUGACCUCGUGAACACAGCCAUAUUGAUUGCUUUAAACAAGAGGGACUGUGAAAUCCCAUCCAACCUGACCCCGGCAGACCUCUUUUUUAGAGAGGUGUCCCAGGUAGAUACCAUCUGUGAGUGUUUACUGGAGCAUGAGGAACAAGUCUUAAAGGAAACAUCAUUGGACUCAGUUGAAUGGGCUGAUGUGGUGAUCAACGUGAACAAUAUUCUCAAGGACAUGCUGCAGGCUGCUAGUCAUUAUCGACAAAAUAAAAGCUCCUUAUAUAGAAGAGACGACCCACUAGGAAAUGAACCUGAGUAUAUUCCUUGGACAGCAACAAGUGGCCCUGCUGGCAUCCGAACAGCAAUAGUACGCCAGCAUGGAAUUAUCCUGAAGAUGGUUUAUCCUCAGGCAGACAGCAACCUGCGAAACAUUCUGACAGAGCAGCUCGUGGCACUGAUCGAUUGUUUCUUGGAUGGUUAUGUUUCCCAGCUUAAGUCUCUGGACAAAUCUAGUGAUCAAGAAAGAUAUAACAGUUUGAAAAUGGAAUACCUACAGAAAAGAUCAGAUCUCUUAUCUCCUCUUCUCACACUAGGCCAGUACCCAAUGGCUGCUUCUUUAGCAGAAAAGUACUGUGACUUUGAUAUCUUAGUACAAAUGUGUGAGCAGACUGACAACCAGACUAGACUCCAGCGCUACAUGACCCAAUUUGCUGAUCAGAAUUUUUCAGAUUUUCUCUUCCGUUGGUAUCUGGAAAAAGGAAAGCGAGGCAAAUUAUUAUCUCAGCCUAUUUCUCAGCAUGGAGAGUUGGCUAAUUUUUUGCAAGCUCAUGAACAUCUCAGCUGGUUACAUGAAAUUAAUAGUCAAGAAUUAGAAAAGGCUCAUGCAACACUUUUGGGUUUGGCAAAUAUGGAAACUCGUUACUUUGCAAAGAAAAAAACCCUUCUUGGUUUGAGUAAAUUGGCUGCAUUAGCUUCAGACUUUUCAGAGGAUGUACUGCAAGAAAAAAUUGAAGAAAUGGCUGAACAGGAGCGCUUUCUACUGCACCAGGAUACCUUGCCUGAACAGCUGCUAACAGAGAAACAGCUGAGUCUCAGUGCAAUGCCUGUAUUGAGUGCACCACAACUUAUAGGCUUAUAUAUAUGUGAAGAAAAUAGAAGAGCUAAUGAAUACGAUUUCAAGAAAGCAUUGGACUUGCUAGAAUACAUUGAUGAGGAGGAAGAUGUAAAUAUAAAUGAUCUAAAACUGGAAAUCCUUUGCAAAGCUCUUCAGAGAGAUAACUGGUCCAGUUCAGAUGGUAAAGAUGAUCCAAUUGAAGUAUCGAGAGACAGUAUAUUUGUGAAAAUCUUACAGAAACUUAUAAAAGAUGGCAUUCAGCUCAGUGAAUACCUACCAGAGGUGAAAGACCUACUACAAGCAGAUCAGCUUGGAAACUUGAAGUCUAAUUCUUACUUUGAAUUUGUUUUGAAAGCAAAUUAUGAAUAUUAUGUGCAAGGACAAAUGUAACAUUUUCUUAAAAUGGUUAUUGUUUCUGAAAAUUUGUAUAGUGUAUCCUUAUAAAAUUUUUUGACUUGAAUACCUGGAAGUUUAUGUAAUUUUAUAGCAUAUAUUGCUAAGUUUCUUUAUACCGUAUUUAGAAUUUUAUACCAUAUUAAGAAGCCACCACAAACUAGUUAUACGGCUAUAGUUCUGUGAUAUUUUCUUUCCUCUGUUUUUACUUCUGAAAUUUACCAUUUGUUUUUGUACUUGCUAUUUCUUUCUCUUUAAUUGCCCUCCAUCCAUCAUUCUGGAGUUCUGGUUCUGGCUAUUUAUCUAUAAAAAUCACUUCUAGGUUUCAGUUUCUAUAACUAAAAAUGACAAGAUUGCACACGAUUGUCUAAAUUGCCAGGGCUUUGGAUAUUAUGCAUUGAAGGGAAUCUGAAGUGUUGGUAUCUGUUUUGGUUAGACUAGUGGAAAAUAUCUAGUAAGAUUAAUGUCAAAUUUUGCUGACUUGUUAUGGGACUAAAGGACAAAACAACGGGGCUAGUUCAUGUGCUCUAUCUAUAACUUACCAUAUAAGUUUUGAGCAUUAGUGGGGAUUCAGUCCACUUCAUGUAGUUUUAGGAUGAUUUACACAGACUAUUGACUUUACUAUAUUUUGGGUAGCUAAUGUAAAGGCUGUGUAAUUCUAGAUAUGAUUAUGGGUUUUCUUAAUAUGGCCACUGGCUUAACUGAAAUGUAGUGGUUUUCAAAAAGCUUCUUUGUCCUGACCAGUGUCAUCACCCAGUUUUUAUUUAUCCAGCUUUAAAUAAAGCAGAGAUUGGACAGGGAGUUGCUGGCAUAUUCAGACUUUGGCUGGGUCGAAUGCUCACUAAACAACUUGCUCCAACAGCUGAAAAGGUCAGAAGUUAAAUAUGGUGAACAGAGUCCAGUUCUUGGUUUCACAGAGUACAGCCAUCACGCCCUCUUCUCUCCAGGCUUCUGAUCCAGAAAAAUGCUUAUAUGGCACUGUUUACAUUAAUAGUCAAAGGAAGGGAAUGGUAGCUGGAAUGUGGGACAGCAUCAGGGUCCGGGUCGGGCGUGUGUUGAAGGGUAGGUGCUAAGCGAGGUAGGGAGAGGCGCUUGUCAGGUGGUGGGUCAGAGAUGGUUGAAUGUUCACAUACAACAAGGCUUUGGUUUUGUGUGAACACAUAACACUUCUCAGGUAGUAACGUGUUCUGGGGACAUCUUCCCAAACCUAAUUAUCUGUAGUGAGAGGGAAACCUAGUAAUGACCCUGUCCUGCUGAGUGCACUGCCCUCUCACUGUGAUGUGUAGUGACUGUCUUACUUCGAAGGGAGCAGAGCGCUCAUUCUAGCUCUCUUCAAGUCUGUAAUUAGAGCACCAAAGUGAUUGGUUUUUAAAAAUUAUUUAACAGUAAUAGCAAAAUUAAUAAAUUGAAUAAUGUAUUUCUAAAUUAAAAAUUCCUUCCACAACGUAGUCCUUAUCAAAGAAUUAUCAGUGAUUUUUAUGUAAAUUGAACAGUUGCUAAGGACAGAUUUUAAAGGGACUAUGUGAACGUGUUUUCUAAGGAAAGACAUUUUACGGACUUGAGGAAAGGUUUUCUUUUCUCCUUUCUUUGCUACUCUAAAAACCUAGUUUGUGGCCUUGAUCAAACAAUCAAUAAGGUUUUAUCUUUGAUAGUAGCAGACUUCGUUUAUUGGUGUGUUUUAAGGAUUGUCUAUGUGUCAAGGACUAAAGCAGAACUGGAAAUACACAGUAAGAGACUGGCUAAAAUCUUUAGUGACAGAUUUUAGUAAAAGGCUACCAGAACUUUCUGUUUUAGGGAUUUCACUUUUGAAGAAAACUUCUAGAACCUGGAUUAUGUUGCUUUUCUUACUUUGAGAUCGAGUCAUAGUUUCCCUAAGUCGUUGCCCACCAAGCAUGCUGAGGGGCCUGGGGGCAGGUAUGUGACAGUUCUCAGAAACUUGAACAGAAGGAAGCCAAACCACAGUGAAGUUAAACUCACUUCUUACUCCAAAGUCAUCUGACACACUUGUAAAUUUGAGGUUGAUAAUUACAAAAUUUUUAGUGUAGCCCCAUUUACUACUAAUUCCUAGAUAUUUUGUUUGAAGAAUACCCAAGAGAAAAUAGCUUUAUCUAUUCCUGUGUAAAAUCCAUUCAUUAAAUUCCAAAAUACAUUUGAAAAAAUAGUCUUUCAGAAUUCUAAAAUUUAAAAAAUAGAAAAUGUGAAGCCUGUUUAAAAAGUAUGUGAAAAAAACCCCUGUAAGUCCACCAGCCGGAAAUAACUUCAGUUACCAUUUUGAAAUAUAUUCUAGCACCUUGUGGACUGUGCAUGCUCGUUUUAUAUUUUAUAGUCUUAUUUUCAUGUGGAACAUUGUGAGCAUUUCUAUAUAUCUUUGUUUUAUUCACGGGAACAUGUACUGAAGUGUUUAUAGCUGCAGAAGUAUUUUUUUAACUUUUUAUUGAAAUAACAUUGGUUUAUAACAGGUUUCAAGUAUACAACAUUAUAAAUCUUUGUAUCCUUAAUUCAGUAUUUCUUAACCUUUUUUUUCAUUAUCACUACUCCUGAGGAUCUUUUUUAUAGACAGUUUUUUCCUAAUCAGUCUUUCCCUUGCCCCACAUACGAAAGUAUGACACUGUACUAUGUGACUGUACCAUAAUUUACUGUAGUCUCCUUCCUUCCCAACCUCCCUGGCUAUUUAUCUCUCUCUGCAUUCUCUCUCCCUCUCUCCCUCUCUGCAUUCUCCUUAACAGUUUUAAAACACUUAAGUUAAUAUGCUGGGUUUGGGGAUUCUUUGCCAUUUUCAAUACUAGAAGAAAUCUUUGUACAGAAAUCUUUGUGCACUAUAAAUACAUUUAAAAUGACA